GAGCGUGUCUCCGAGCCAUGGCGCUACCGUGUAAUACAAGGUACAAACAAGACGGACAGCCGCCCAGGUGUACAGUAUCCUGUACUGUACGGUUUUGUCCUGCUACGAUAUGGCGAGUCAGCAGAACGGCGCGCUCUGCUUUGUUUCUUCGGACUGGGGGAAGAAGUGAAACGUGACCCGUGUCAGUUCUCAAAACCCUGAAUUAAGUUCUCCACCACCACCAGCAGCACCGCGCACCACCACCAGCCAGCCGCGUGAGCUGACUUUCGCGGGGGCGCGCUCCUCGGACUGACCUCUCCCGUCCACCAUGCCGGGGAAGACCAAGUAUAACCUGGUGGACGACGGGCACGACCUGCGGAUCCCCAUGCACAACGAGGAAGCCUUCCAGCACGGCGUCAACUUCGAGGCCAAGUACAUCGGCAGCCUGGAUGUGGCGCGACCGAGCAGCCGAGUGGAGAUUGUGGCGGCCAUGCGGAGAAUCCGGUAUGAAUUUAAAGUGAAGAACAUCAAGAAGAAAAAAGUCAACCUGAUUGUGUCAGUCGAUGGAGUCAAGGUGGUUCUACGCAAGAAGAAAAAGAAGAAAGAAUGGACUUGGGAUGAAAGCAAGAUGAUGGUGAUGCAAGACCCCAUUUACAGGAUAUUCUACGUUUCCCACGACUCCCAAGACCUGAAGAUCUUCAGUUAUAUUGCCAGAGAUGGCCAGAGCAAUGUGUUCCGCUGCAACGUCUUCAAAUCUAAAAAGAAGAGCCAAGCCAUGCGAAUCGUGCGGACGGUAGGCCAGGCCUUCGAGGUGUGCCACAAGCUGAGCCUGCAGCACACGCAGCAGAACGCAGACGGCCAGGAGGACAGCGAUGGCACCGCCAAGGCUGCCAGCGUCUCUGUGCCAGCUCGAGAGCUAACUGGGGCAGAGAAGGCGGUUACCGAAGAGACGGACAUCGACGCAGAAGAAGUGCAACUGCCAGACAGCAUGGCUGGCAGGUUUAUUCGAGGAGUCACUGACCUGGAUGCAGCCAAAGAGGAGGAGGAGGGUAGUAAAAAAAAGAAGGAUCUAGAAGAUACCAUCUUGGUCGGAACACCAAGAAUGUUGUUUCCUUCUGUCAGCCAGCUGCCUACUGGGAGUCCACUUUCCAUGCACCACCAGAUUCAGCUCUUUCAGCAGCAGCUGGUCCAGCAGCAGCAGCAAACACAAGUGGCUGUGGCACAGGUGCGCCUAUUAAAAGACCAGCUCACGGCGGAGGCAGCAGCACGGAUCGAGGCUCAGGCCCGUGUGCACCAACUGCUGCUCCAGAACAAGGACAUGCUGCAGCACAUCUCUCUCCUUGUGAAGCAGAUACAGGAGCUGGAGCUGAAGCUCUCUGGAAACCACUCUAUGGGCUCCCAAGACAGUUUACUGGAGAUCACCUUCCGUGCCAAUGUUCCCCCAGUACUCUGCGACCCCACCACCCCCCAGCUUGAGGAUACUGGCCUAUUGCAGCUGGACAAUGGUUCACCACCGGUUCUUCCUCUGGGCAGCCCGUUAGUUGAUCAGAGCAUGUUCGAGAACCCCAAGGCUGCCCUCUCAGCUAAGCUCCAGAACGGCAGUCCUGCAUCGCCCUGUGGUCGACUCUCAGAAAGCAGCCCCUCAGUCAUGUCUGACCCUAAACUGAGCAGCACCCAACCCCUGAAGACUGCCCUGAACCUCCGCAAAGCCAUGGGGGCGAAGGUCAGCGACCUACUGCGCCGCAAGGACCCAGGGAGCCUCAGUGACGUUGGAGUGAUGGAGGUGAACAAGAAUGUGGAGGCAGUGUGGUCCUACAUGGAGGGCAGCAGCUGUGUCACUCCAUCAAGCAGCCAUGUGACACUUGAUGCCUUUCCCCGUCUGGAGCCCCCUCCUCCCACUGGGAAGAAACGAGUCCCCCGUGCACUCAAGACCACUCAGGACAUGAUGAUAUCCUCCUCCCCUGUGGUGCCAGCAGCCGACAUCUCCUCCUGCAUGCUAUCUCCUGACAAAGCUGCCCUCUCCAACAGUGAUGAGGAGCAGCUGGAGAAGAAAGAGGAGGUGUUGGGGGAGGUGGAGACAGAUGUGGAAUGUAGCCCUGCCGCUCCCCUUGACAGGAUGGUCCAGGAAGAAAGCGACAAUCUGACCAGCCUCGAGGCUUUGUUCACAGAUGGAGAUAUGAAGGUGGAUGGUGAGGACUCUUUGUCAGAAAUCCUGCUCUCUGUUCCUGACAUUAUCCACCAGGACAACCUCGAGACCAGCCUGAAUCCUGAAUCAGAGGCUUGGAUGGUCUCCACUCCUUGCCUGGAAGAGUCGCGCUUCCGUGGCAGUGAGGUGGAUGAUGACCUCCAGGAGAAUGGCUCACUGGAUUCCUCACCAAGUCAAAGGUCCUCCGCUGUGGAACAGGAGGAGGCCCAUCCAGACCUGCUGACCUUUGAGUAAUAGUUAUGAAAGGCCAUAUUGUGCUUUAUUUGU